AUGUGAUGUAUCCCACGUUACAGGAAAUCUAGAAAAUCCAUGGCGAAAGUGUUAAUCUUGCCAGAUGACAGUAAAUUGUUCUGCGUUUCGCAGUGAUCGCGUGUAAAGAUAUAUUGUGAAAUAUAUCAAUAUAAUAGUAUUAGUAAUGGCAGCAGAUGAAGAAUCACUUCGCUCUUUAGAAGCGCUUAUGGAGGAAUUUUUCAGCCCAACCACAACUAAUGAAAAGAAACGCCAGAUUGAAGAAUUGCUGAACAACUUUAGUCAACAACGUGGAUCAUGGAAGCACUGCCUUUAUUUUUUGACAAAUACCUCCAACGAGUACGUGAUGAUGUUUUGCCUCACUGUGAUAGAGAACAUAAUAAACAGGCAAUGGAUAAGCUUUGCCGGUCCAGAGAAGAUGGAGUUACGAGGCUCGCUGUCCAAGUUCAUGCUGUCUCAUCAUGACCAUGUUCCCAGCUUCAUUCGCAAUAAGUUGGUGAAGCUGGUUGUUGAUAUAGGGCGCCUAGACUGGCCACACUUUUAUCCUGAUUUCUUCACGAGUAUAAUGCAGCUGGUUCAACAGCCACAGACCAUGGUGUUGGGGUUGAUUCUCAUCAAAACAACAUCAGAAGAGAUGAUUAGUCCAAGGGAGGAUCUAAGCGUAUCAAGAAAGGAGGAAUUGAGAAAGCUACUUCUCGAUCAAAUGGCAAUAAUCCUUGGCAAUCUCACAGUAAUUCUGGAGUCUACAUUGGAGAAGCAUAGACACCUUGCCACGGCAACACCGCCACCUUCUCCAUCGCGCGACAGUGACUCUCGUGACAGCCUCUCCAUGUUUUCUACAUCUCCGCUGCACUCUGAUGAUGUUCUCAGCAAGAUGUUCAAGUCGCUGCACAAAGACAACCUGGAGUCACUGCCGCCACUUGAUGCUGACUCGCAGAGUGUGUGCAUGCUCGUGCUAGAGUGUCUCUCGCACCUAUUCAGCUGGAUACCACUGUCGGCCAUGAUCACAUCCAACCUGCUGGCUGCCAUCUUUCAUUUCGCAAGCUUUGGUUGCGAACCGAACCUGAGUAGCUGCAAGGGUACUGAGCUCGGUGUGCUGGCAAUGACCUGCAUUAACGAGAUUAUGGCAAAGAACUGCGUUCCAGCAGACUUUGAAGAGUUCUUGCUGCAGAUGUUUCAGCAGACGUUCCAACUGCUGCAGCGGCUGACACGGGAGAACACUAGCAAUGUCUCUGGGAGUAUGCUCACUGAGCUUAAUGAAAACUAUAUUGAGAAGUUCACAGACUUCCUGCAUCUGUUUGUGAGCAUCCACCUGCGUCGGUUUGAGUCAAAUAACCGAUUUCCCGUUUUGGAGUUUCUUGCAUUGCUGUUCAAGUACACCUUCAAACAGCCAACCAACGAAGGGUUUUAUAAUUGCCUUGAGAUUUGGAGCGUGUUUCUCGACUACCUAGAUGUACUGGUGAGGAACCGGUCUGUUGACAAGCUAAAUCUACUCGAUAGAUACAAAGAAGCGCUUGCAUCUCUGGUCACACAGCUGCUACGCAAGCUCCAAUUCAGAUACAACCAGUCUCAACUGGAGGAGCUGGAUGAUGAGACAGUCGACGAUGACGCUGAGACUGAGUGGCAGCAGUUUCUGCGCCGAUGUCUGGAGGUCGUGGCCAAGGUCGCCGAACUUGCACCAGAUGAGACGUUCGCUCUCGUGUACCGUGUCCUGCAGGAGAACAUGGUGACGUACCUGGGGCUGGAGCACCAUAUCAAGCGUGACGGCGAUCAGCGCUCGCUGACGAUCAAGGCUGAGAACGACUGCCGGCGUCUGCACUGUGCGCUGCGCGACCUCUCGUCGUUCCUGCAGGCCCUUGGCCGCCUCGCACAUCAGUUCAUCGGCGAGCUUCUCCUCAGUCGCAUGGCGGAUGGCCUCGACAUCGUGAAGAGCUUGUGCCAUGCCGCACUAUACGGCAGCAAGAUGAAGUUGUAUGAGAUCACGACGCUGGCAUCUGUACUACAGCCCGACUUUACUGAGGCUAACGCACAGACACUAGCAGCUCUGAAGGCCUACUCUCACUGGGUAGCUCAGUACUAUGCAGAGAUGCAGAGACAGGGGAAGGAGAAUGACCAGCUGGCCACCCUCGUCACAUCGACUAUGGAGGCCAUAACACCAAUGCUUCAAGACAAUGUUCCAGAAAAGAUCAUGCAGUCUGCUGCUCACUUACUGCUCUCUGUUGCAACGACGAUACGACCGUCUUUUCUUCUCGCCUUGGAAACAACGCAGACACUUUUCACUAGUGUCAGCCAGGGGGCAUUGCUGACACUACCGAUACAAGUGCAGUUGCUGGUGUAUCGGUCACUCUCCAACGUGCUGCUGCUCCCGUGGCCCAACGUACCCGAUGGUGAGCAGAAGUGGCACAUGCGAGCCGAACACCACCAGAACUUCAUCAAGACGCUGAUGUCACAGUACCGGCAGCUGCGUGGCGUCGCCGCCAACGACCACCAGCUGCAGCAGCAAGUUAAGCCAGGCAUCCUGCAGUCGCUGAAGGUGUUGGGCGACAUAGUCAUGAACGUGUCGGGAGAGGUAACAAAGACGAAGCAGCUCUGUUACCAGUCGGUGCAUGACUGCGUCCAGGUCACACUCCACCUCUUCCCAAUCUACAUACAUCAUCCAGAUGUCAGUGAGGAGAUGCUGAGUUUCUUCCUCGCAUUGUUCCAGUCGUUGCGCGUGCAGAUGGGUGUGCCAUUUGCUGAGCAGAUGCUAGAAACCUUUAUCACUCUCUUUACAAAGGAGCGGCUAGCUGAGAGUAUAUCUCAUGACAACCUCGCCGGCAUUAGAGUUGUAGAAAAAUUUCUAAAGAUAUUGGAUUUGAUUGUUGAGGAGCCAGGGUCAGCCUUUAAAGGAUUUCUACCUAGUAUCAUCUCUCUGUGCAUGAAUGAGAUAUAUCCAAUCAUAGCUGAGCGGCCAUCGCCGGACGUAAAAGCAGCGCUGUUUGCCCUGCUGUACAGCAUUCUACAAAACAACUGGCGCUAUUUCUUCAAGUCAAACAUUCUGUCGGGGUUAUCGCCGCAGGCAGGCGCCGCAGGCAACAGCGAGAGCGAGAUGGAGCACCAGGACCAGUUCACGGCCGUGAUGCAGGCAUUUGGGCAGUCGUUUCUGCAGCCUGACAUAGCUGUGUUCAAGCAAAACAUUGAGUACCUGGAGAAGCUGAAUGCCAAGUGGAAGCUUUAUCACAAGCCAAUCUUUCAGCAGAUGAUGCUCUUCCAGUUUCUAAAUGUCCUGCUGCAAGUACUCAUUUACAGAUCACACGAUUUACUUCAAGAAGAGAUCAUGGUAACUGUGUACAACAUGGCCGCCGUAGAUUUUGACAGGUUUUAUAAUAUGUUCCUACACCAGUUCUUAGCAAAUUGUGAGGGCUUGGAUGAUAGUCAGAAGACCAUGCUGGCUAGAAACUUCCCCAUCGUUCAGGAUCUUCCUUCGCUCAGCAGUACUAUACACAGAUUUGUGGGAGAUCUACGCUACUACAGGCUUUGCAACAGCAGCCUACCAGAGGGCAGUGUCAAAUUCUAGCCAUUCACACAUGAGAACUAUCUAAACAUCGUCAAAUAUCAGUCACCGUGAUUUUAAGCUGUCUAGUUGAUUUCAACUUUGGCUCAGAUGGCAAGUUGGUGAGAAAACCACUUUCAAAUCUAGGAGUGCAAGAAACAUAGUCCUACGAAUGUCAUAUCGAGCCGAUUGGACUGUAUCGCCACAGGCCUUAUUACGUAUCGCAACGGAGUUCACAAUUGCACUCACAAGCAGCUGCGGAUAUUGUGUCGAAUGUCAAAAUGACAAGAUAAUGCUGUAAAUACUGUUGAUGUUAUGCAAAGUAUACUGCAGUGGAGUAGCGUGUUACAUGUAUCAGCUCCAUUAAUUGUAUUUAAUUGAUUAGCAAGCACACCUUGUUGUUCAGCGAACUCGAUGAGGUGCUGAUAAAGUUGAUGCUAUAUAAAUGAAGAGUGGAAUAGGAGAUAACGCUCACUGAGAUAUUUGAGAAUCUGUUCUCAGGAACUCCUUACAGGCUUAAAAUUAGUUGCCAGUGAAAGCUGUCAAUUUUGUUUAUGGCUGGCAGGUUAUGAGGUACCAAAUUAUGCACAUCAGCCGAGCUGUAAUCUUUUGUAAAGACAAUUAUUCAUAACAGUAAAUAAUAAUAGGUUAGCUGGGCAGUGAUUUGUAAAGAGUAUAAUACCUUGUAAGGUGCCAUGUACAGUUUAUAAAUUAUUUUUGUAAAUAUAUUGAUGCAAGAUGGUGUGUGUUUUACAUCA